CCCUCCGCCUCCCUCGCCGGCUGGGGCGGUGCGUGCGGGGCGGUCCGGCGAGGAGGCGGGACACGUCGGCGCUAGAACCACAGUCGCCGCCGCCGCUGCAACUCCUGUUCCAUCUGCCGCUUCCUGGGGUGAGUCCGUCCGAGGUCCCGGCGGCGCCAGGUGCGUUUCUCCAGCCGGGCUUCUGCCUGCGUCCGCCGCCGCCGCCGCCGCAGCUGUUCCGGGCUCCCUGCCCCGCUGCCGAGAUGGCGACGCGCUCCUGCCGGGAGAAGGCUCAGAAGCUGAACGAGCAGCACCAGCUCAUCCUGUCCAAGCUGCUGAGGGAGGAGGACAACAAGUACUGCGCCGACUGCGAGGCCAAAGGUCCCCGAUGGGCUUCCUGGAAUAUUGGUGUGUUUAUUUGCAUCAGAUGUGCUGGGAUACAUAGAAAUCUUGGGGUUCAUAUAUCCAGGGUCAAGUCAGUCAACCUAGACCAAUGGACACCAGAACAGAUACAGUGCAUGCAGGAUAUGGGAAAUACUAAAGCAAGACUACUCUAUGAAGCCAAUCUUCCAGAGAACUUUCGAAGACCACAGACAGAUCAAGCAGUGGAAUUUUUCAUCAGAGAUAAAUACGAAAAGAAGAAAUACUAUGAUAAAAAUGCUAUAGCUGUUACAAAUAUUUCUUCCUCUGAUGCUCCCCUUCAGCCUUUGGUAGCCUCUCCUUCUCUACAAGCUGCUGUUGAGAAAAGCAAAUUGGAGAAAGAAAAGGAAAAAAAAAAAGAAGAGAAAAAGAGAGAAAAGGAACCAGAAAAGCCUGCAAAACCUCUUACAACUGAAAAGCUACAGAAGAAAGAAGAUCAGCAAUUAGAACCUAAAAAAAGCACCAGCCCUAAAAAAGCUGCAGAGCCGACUGUUGAUCUUUUAGGACUUGAUGGUCCUGCUGAGGCACCAGUGACCAAUGGGAACACAACUACAGUGCCACCCCUGAAUGAUGAUCUGGACAUCUUUGGACCAAUGAUUUCUAAUCCUUUACCUGCAACUGUCAUGCCCCCAGCUCAGGGGACGUCCUCUGUACCAGCAGCUGCCACUGUGUCUACAGUAACAUCUGGGGAUCUGGAUCUAUUCACGGAACAAACGACCAAGUCAGAAGAGGUGACAAAGAAACAACUCUCCAAAGACUCCAUCUUGUCCUUGUAUGGCGCAGGGACCGUGCAGCCACAGAGCGCUCCUGGUGUAUUUAUGGGACCCACAAAUAUACCAUUUACCUCACAAGCACCGACUGCAUUUCAAGGUUUUCCAUCAAUGGGUGUACCUGUGCCUGCAGCUCCUGGCCUUAUGGGCAAUGUGAUGGGACAGAGUGCAAGCAUGAUGGUGGGCAUGCCCAUCCCCAAUGGGUUUAUGGGAAAUGCACAAACUGGUGUGAUGCCACUGCCUCAGAAUGUGAUUGCCCCCCAAGGAGGAAUGGUUGGACAGAUGGGUGCACCCCCAAGUAAGUUUGGACUGCCUCAAGCUCAACAGCCCCCAUGGAACCUGUCCCAGGUGAACCAGCAGAUGGCUGGCAUGAGUAUGGGCAGUGCGAGCCCUGCGCUGGGUUUUGCCCAGCCCCCCAGCACGACAGCAGGAUGGUCUGGAAGCUCAUCGGGUCAGACUCUCAGCACACAACUGUGGAAGUGAGGACUGCACACGAGUUUCAUCCAGAGCUACCACCUACAUUCCUUGCUGAAAUGCAUCUAGUUCCCCUGUUUAUUCAUGUACAUAUAUAUUUUUUCUUUUUCCCCAUUUGUUCACAUUAAGAAUUAUCUGAUUGACUGUGUUGGUUUGUACUGAUUAAAUUUGAUGUGAUGAAAAGCAGGUUGAGAAACUAUUUCAUGUCCAGGGCAGCUUUGCUCAUAGUUCUCAUAACUUCAUAAACCACAUUUGAGAAGCUGCAAAGUCAACUUGCAUAAUCAGUUUUACUCAGUAAAAUUAUAGCUCUAAUGUUUGCAUAUAAGGAAAAUAGUUAUCAUGUUAGUAAUACCUCUAACAGUAUAAACCCCACCCCCAAAUUAGCCAGUAAUCUUGUAGGAAGGUACUGUAUGAUCAAAUGGUUAAUCAUAAAUAGAAUGUAAAUGUAUCACUGAGCACUGUUUUCUAGUGUAUCAAAAUUUUUAUUUCAUCAUUUCCUUCACUGUGCUAUUGUUAUGAUGUGCUUAACAGGGAACGUGGUUAGUGAAAGGAAGAUAAACCUGGAUGUUACUGUAAAACUUAGUUUAACAAAUAUUUAAAGAAUUUGAAUUUUAUCUGCCUCUUGUAAUUUGGAUCUCCUCUUAUGUACAUAGUGCUAAUAUGACGACCUUUCUCUGCACUAUAUGCAAACAGGGUAACUAAACAAAGCCACUUUCAGUCCUUGAAGGUAUAUCCAGGUUUAUGACAGUAAUUGUGUUUACAUUUUAUGGUGCCUAGUAUUGACAAAAUGUUCUAUCCCUAUAUUAAAUAGAUGGAUCCAUAGACUUUUUUUGUGGGUUUCAUUUCCUACAGUAUAUACUGCCACCAACCUUACAUAAAUUAAUGUUGCUAAGUCAGGAAUUGGGGACAAAAUACUUGUCAUCUGUUUCUAAAACCUGUUCAGUUCUACCAAUUAUAAGGCCAAAUGGGGAAAAAAAAGAAAAGUAUAUAAGAUACUAAAAAUGGUACCUGCAGUGUCAUUAGCUGUACUGUACAAAGAUCUUCCAGUUUAGUUGUGGAGAAAACAUGCAGAACAAAUGAAGACAGAAACACAUUUUAUACCAACUGAUUAGCUUAUGUUAACUGACAAGCUCUGUUUAAACAGAUGUCCAUCAGAUGUCAAUAAAGGCUGUUGUACUGAAGUAAAA